GGCAUUGGGCACAGCAAAAGUCUGAUGUUCAGUUUCACAUUGGUGGCAUCCAUCGGCUACGGCAACAUUUAUCCGGCGACGGAUGCUGGAAGAGUGUUUUGCAUUGUCUUCACGUUGAUUGCGACGCCGGCUCUGGUGGUGGCUUAUCUAGGGGCAGCGAGGAAAAUGAUAGAUUUCACACGAGUAGUUGCGAUGCUUUUCAACAAGACGAACAUUCUGACUUUUCACAAAUACGACACGGAUGGCUCUGGACAGCUGGAUUCCGACGAGUUUGCUGCAGCUCUGCGGGAUCUAGGAUACCCCGUCGCAGACAACGAUGUGAGGAUGAUUAUGGAAGAGGUCAACAUUUGUGACACAACGCUUGUAACCAUCCAAGAGUUCGGCCAAGCUCUGAUAUUGCUGGAGUUUCCUACGGCACGACAAGAGAAGCACCGCCUGAGUGCGAUGAUCAGCUUCAGUGCGACUUUGACUUGGUUGCUCGCUGGUGCUUUGUGUUUCCAGCAGAUCGAGAGGUGGAGCUUCAUCGAGUCCAUGUGGUUUUGCUGGGAGACGCUCAUGACAAUCGGCUUGGGUGACCUCGUGCCCCAGACAGUGCUGGGCCGAUGGUUCAACCUUGCUUACAGCUUCUUGGGCCUUGGAUUCAUUUCCGUUCUGCUCCAGAGCGUGGUGGACCUUCUGUCGAAGCACAGCUCCAUCAUCGGGAGGCUUGAAAUGCGGAUAUUGGAGGCGGGCUCGGCUUCAACACCUUCCUUCAAGAACUUGAAGCUGCAGCAGAAGGUCGUUAGAAAGCGUGCCUCGGCACUGUCAUCCCGGCGCAUGUCGUCGUGUUUGGUCAAUCGAGCUUUCCCGGGUUUGUUUCUGUGA